CCGCAUUCCGUCUUCAUUCACAUCUCCAAAGAUCGAUUCAAGUUGAAUCAUUGCACCAUGAAUUACUUGUAUCUGCUCCCGUGCAUUAUCACCUCAAUUCUUGCCUCAAAGGUCUCGCAGGCUCCUUUGCUUCAUGAUCACGAUCCAUCCGUUUCUGACUUCACGACUUACCAAAGUGAGGUGUCGUCCAGCCACUCAAUUCGUGUCAAGCGCCAGAAUGCUACUUUGUGCGAUACACCUGUAGAUCAGUACACAGGUUGGCUUGAUGUUGGCGCGAAGCAUCUCUUCUUCUGGUAUUUCAAAGCUGAGAAUGCUGCAUCAGACAAUGACGACGAGCCACUUGCAUUGUGGCUUACUGGAGGGCCAGGGGGCUCAAGUAUGUUGGGAAUGCUCCAAGAACUUGGUCCUUGCCUCAUCAAUAAGCAUGGCAAUGGCACUGUAUAUAAUCCUUUCGGCUGGAACAAGGAAACAGCGUUGAUUUUUGUGGACCAACCUGCUGGAGUUGGUUUCUCUUAUCUUGAUGAGGGAGAGCCGGUACCUGGCGACUCCUUCACCAGUGCUGCUGACAUGCAUCUCUUUCUGCAAGUGUUCGUGAGCAAAGUGUUCCCUGAGCAUAAGAACGGGCCAUUGGUGAUCACAGGAGAGAGCUAUGCUGGCCAUUAUCUUCCUGCUCUAGGAGCCCAGAUUGUCAGUCAAAACAUUCUGUAUCCAAAGCAAGCACAAGUUCCCUUGAAGUCCUUAGCUAUCGGCAAUGGCUACGUAUCUCCCUUGGAUACUGCGUAUGGAUACUGGGAAACUUUGUGUACUACCAAUCCUGGUGUAGACAAGCCGAUCUUCAACGAAACGAUAUGUGAUAUCAUGGCCACAAAUCUUCCUCGUUGUAUUGCAGUGGCCAAGACUUGUUACGACUAUCCAGAUCCUGCGAUUUGCAAUGCUGCUGCUAAAGUCUGCUGGGAUGGUGUUAUCGUCUUCUACGAUGGUGAAUCAUAUGCUGGAGGUCGCAAUCGAUUUGAUAUCACUGCGCCAUGUGAUCUGGAUGAGUUCUGCUACCCUGAGACAGAGUUAGUUCAGGAUUAUCUCAAUCUGGAGUCUUCUUUCAAUGCACUUGGCGUACCCAAAAAUGUCAGGAAAUUCGAGGUUGGCUCACAUGCUGUGGAAGAGGCGUUCCAGCUCACAGAAGACCUGGAAAUCACAAUGAAACCUCAACUGGAGUAUCUCCUUGCCAAUCAGAUAGAUGUUCUGAUUUAUCAAGGCAAUCUAGAUCUUGCCUGUAACACUGCAGGAGCAAAGCGAUGGACUGCCAACAUGCCUUGGAAAGGUCAGAGCGCCUUCACUUCCAAAGAGUUGAAACCGUGGAAAAGUACAAAAGACGGCAAGGAAGUGGUAGCCGGAACUUUCAAGGAAGUCAACGUGAAGAUGAUGGAUGGUGAUGAGAAGACCACGAGAUUCGCACUCGUGACUGUCGAUGGUUCUGGGCAUAUGGUUCCAAUGGAUCAACCAGAAAUAUCUUUGGAUAUGUUGAACAGAUGGCUGGCCGGCAAAUCGUUUGACUGAGGGGCUUUUCUAGAUGUGCAUCAUAUCCCUACGGAACACAGACGACUCCUUCGGAAGUUGCUGGGGGCUCAGACGUACAAAAGUUGUGAAGGAACGCAUGAAAGUAUCCCACCCAAAAAGGAUUCCAAGGUUGGUAAAACAUCUUUUUCUUUGACAUCUAUCUAGUAAUCAAUCUAUGUACGAAUUUACCAUGAAUUGCUUCCAUG